AUGUCGUUGUGUACAUCUAAUUUUCUUCCUUCAUCCUCUUCUAUCAAUCUCUUCUGCAACAAAUCACUUAAACCCUUUAUUCUCCCUCUCGGAUUCGCCACCUCAAGUUCUUCCUCUGUUGCGCCUCUCAAAUUCUCUACCACCAAUCACGUCCUUAGCUCUCGUUUCUCUUCAACCCGUCUCCACAGACCCCAGUUUUGGCUCCGGUGCGUCUCCGAGAAAUCUGAGCCGUCUAUUUCGGUCGUUCCCGGCGGCGCUGAGGAGAGAGUGAUUGUUCUCGUUAUCGGUGGAGGAGGGAGAGAACACGCUCUUUGUCACGCCUUGAAACGAUCUCCUUCUUGUGAUUCUGUGUUAUGCGCACCUGGAAACCCCGGUAUUACGAGCUCCGGAGAUGCUACUUGCAUACCUGACCUCGAUGUAUCAGACAGCUCAGCUGUGAUCUCUUUCUGUCGGAAAUGGAACGUUGGUUUGGUGGUUGUUGGCCCUGAAGUGCCCCUUGUUGCCGGUCUCGCCAAUGACCUGGUUAAUGCCGGUAUCCUCACCUUUGGCCCUUCUUCUCAAGCUGCUGCUUUGGAAGGCUCCAAGAACUUUAUGAAGAAUCUUUGCCACAAGUACAAUAUACCUACAGCUAAGUAUAAAACAUUUUCUGAUGCAUCGGCUGCGAAAGAAUAUAUUCAAGAACAAGGUGUACCAAUCGUGGUUAAAGCAGACGGAUUAGCAGCUGGAAAAGGAGUCACUGUCGCAAUGGAGCUAGAGGAGGCUUACGAAGCAGUUGACUCUAUGCUUGUCGAAGGUGUGUUUGGUUCUGCAGGAUGUCAGGUGAUCGUGGAAGAGUUUUUGGAGGGAGAAGAAGCUUCCUUUUUCGCACUUGUGGAUGGAGAAAACGCCAUUCCUCUAGAAUCUGCUCAAGACCACAAGCGUGUUGGAGAUGGAGACACCGGUCCUAACACAGGAGGGAUGGGAGCGUAUUCUCCUGCACCGGUCUUGACCAAGGAGCUUCAGGACGUGGUCAUGGAGACUAUAAUACAUCCCACUGUUAAAGGAAUGGCAGAAGAAGGAUGUAAGUUUGUUGGCGUUCUGUUUGCUGGUCUGAUGAUCGAGAAGAAAUCCGGCUUGCCUAAGCUGAUUGAGUUCAAUGUCCGGUUUGGAGAUCCAGAAUGUCAGGUGCUGAUGAUGCGUCUAGAGUCUGACUUAGCGAAAGUUUUGCUAGCGGCUUGUAGAGGAGAGCUAAGUGGUGUGUCGCUUGAUUGGUCGAAAGAUUCAGCGAUGGUGGUUGUGAUGGCGAGCAGAGGCUAUCCAGGUGCUUAUGAGAAAGGAUCAAUCAUCAGAAACCUUGAAGAUGCUGAAACGGUUUCUCCCGGAGUAAAGGUUUUUCACGCGGGAACCGAUCUUGAUUCAGAAGGGAAUGUUGUAGCGAGUGGAGGACGUGUUCUUGGUGUCACGGCUAAGGGAAAGGACUUGGAAGAGGCGCGUGAUAGAGCUUAUUCCGCGGUCCAUCAGAUAAACUGGCCUGGAGGUUUCUUUAGGAGUGAUAUUGGCUGGAGAGCUCUUCGCCGGGAACAAGUGGUGACUACAAAAGAGUGA